CGGCAGGAUAUGAAAUUUUAUUAAUAUUUAUCUUAUCCUUGUUAUGCGCUCUUAAAAUGUACAAUCUUUAUCGAUAAAGAAGUAAUUGAGAAUUAUUAGAUGCAAUUACAAAUUUUCCAUCUGCCAAAUUUUAUCAUAUAUGCAUGUAAUUAAAACUUUUGCGAAUGUAAUAAACAUUAUAAAAUUGUAACGAUGGAGGACAAGUCUUUGCGAGAUACUUCAAUUAUGUACGAUAAACAAUUCAUUGAAAAUAUGAAAAUAGCUAAAUAUUUCUUAAAACAAUUACGUGACAAAGAAGAGAUUCAACUAGCUACGAAAUGGCUUAUCCGUGUUAAUGAUAUCAAGUCAUCAUCCUUACAAGUAAAAAGAGAUCGUAAUGCUUUCUUGUGUUAUUUGCUCAAGGUUUUGAGAGAAGCAAUUUUAAAACAUCGUCGUGAAUACCAAUCUAAUACCAUUUUCAAUUCUGAGAAUAUUUUAGGCCUAUAUCAUUUUUCUAAUCAAAAUUCAAAAGUAUCUGUAAAAGGACUAUCGCAAAAUGCUCCGCAAACUUCAAAUAUUCCUUAUCAUUCGAAAUGGUCGAAAAAUCAUCGUACAUAUGUCGCUGUAAAACCAUUACCCGGAAGAGGGGCAUUAAUAUAUAUGGCUGUAUCUAAAAGACCAGGACUUGAAAAUUGGGAUUUAGGUAGUAUUAAUAAAUAUACGCAAUAAUUGACAAUGAUAUAUUUCUUUUUGAAUUUCAAUUGAAACACAACUAUCAAGAUUAUAAAUAAAAUAGAUCUUUAGAAAAUUCCUGUCUUUACGUUUUGAGGUUUGGAUAUAUAGUUUUUUUUCUUUCUUUCUUUCUUUCUUUUUUUUUUUUUUUUCUUUUAUUUUUUAUAAAGACACUGUAAACGCAUUAUUUCUUUUUUUUUUUUUUUAUUUAAAUUUUAAUGAAGCUGUAUUUAUGGUAUCACAACAAUGCCCUUGUACGAGAUGCCCUCUCGGUAAUGUAACAUCGUUUUAAAUUCAACCUUUCCGAUCUAUUUUAUAUGAUAACCACCAUCGUGUUUCAUUUGUGAAAAAAAGAAACGACGAUUUUGAAUCAUAUCGAUCAUGGAAAGGACAAAUGUAUGUAUAUAAAUAUACAUUUUCACUGUUUCGUCAUACAUUUCUAAUAUGGACUCUGCUUAUACAUUCAUACAAAAUCGAAUGCAGAAAGAACAAACAACAUAAUACGUACGUAGCUUCGCUUUACACGUUAAAUUAUUAUAAUUAGGCGAUUUGUAGUUCGACUGGAAAUAAUAGUUAUGAUUAUUAGUCACUCUUUGAUAAUGAUGCAAUUUAAUAAUGCAUUACAUAAUAAUGAUUAUAAGAAGGGCGUGCUCGAAUUUGGAUAUUUCAAUUAAAAAGAUUUCUCAAAAUAGCGCAUAUAACGUAUAACAAAUCACAUAGCAGCCCAAUAAAUAGGAUUAUAAAUCUUAUAACAGAGUUAUCUUUUGUUACUACGAUAAGGAGGGAGGGGGAGGG